AUGGCUACCUCCGACUCGACAACUGGCUCUCCAACCGGCGACACCACUACGGUUCCUACGCCCACUGCCACACCUACGGCCCCUUCGUCCCCCACUGUCAAGCCCGAGUUUCAUCCGGCCCUUGCUGUUACUAACAUCAAAAACAACAUUCCUUUAAAACUCGAGCUCGACAAGGACCACUAUGCUCUGUGGGCUGAAUUGUUUGAAACUCAUGCUCACGCCACUCAGGUGCUCCACCAUAUCAUUCCACAAGCUGGUUUGGAGCCUCCUGCGCGCACCGAUGCUUCCUAUGCUCGGUGGGCUACUCUUGACUCUACCGUCAAGCAGUGGAUUUAUUCCACCAUCUCCUUUGAUCUUCUCUCCACUGUUAUGGAAAAAGGUUCUACUGCUAUGGCUACUUGGAACUGUAUCGCUUCUAUGUUUGAGGACAAUCAGAACUCUCGUGCUGUCGCUCUCGACCAGGAUUUCAUCUCCACACGCAUGGAAGAUUUUCCUAAUGUUUCGGCCUAUUGUCAGCGUCUGAAACAUAUCUCUGAUCAGUUGCGCAAUGUUGGUGCCCCAGUCAGUGACCAUCGUCUUGUUCUUCAGUUGGUCUCUGGUCUCACUGAGCCUUUUCGUGGUGUUGCCACCCUGAUCCGUCAGAGCGAGCCUUUGCCUUCUUUCCUCAAGGUCCGCUCCAUGUUGAUUCUAGAGGAAUCUGGUCUCGCCAGGAUGUCCGGCCUCCGUUGA